UUUAGAUUAUUUGACUGGAGCAAACGGCUGGCCGCCCUCUAGCAUACACGUGAGUGAAAACACGGGCGAUGUCUUGUCAACUACAGUCAAGAAUUACAGCGAUUCUCAUUUUAACAACAACACUACCUCUCUUUUUAACAACACAUGGCUCUGUUUUGGACCGAAACCAGAGCAUACAGGUAGGAAGGAAUUUCAGCAAACGCAGAGGAGAAGAUCGGAUGAAAUUGGUAAUAACUGAGCAGCAGUCAGACGCACCUUCAUUGGAAACUCAGGGUGGUUGGUUUUCUCAAACUAGACACUCAGUCGUCGAUGAAACCGAGAAAUUGAACCACUUCAACACUUCGUCAUCCAGCAACACCUACAUGUUAACACCAAGACAGGGUGGUGCUGAUGUAAAAGAUCUGUUUCAGUCUGACUCUCCAGGGUUUGAUGGUCAAUCAGUCCAAGGAAAAGUAAAUCUUUCUUCCACGCACAUUACUGAAGAAUGGUUACGAAUGAGACCACAUGUGCAAUGUUCCCCAGCUGCUAUAAUCCUAACAGCUAAAGGAUGGAUGCAUGUAUACCUUCUCGUGGACCGAGUUGGUGCUUCACCAGUGCCACUACUUCACCUGCCUUCUCAAUGUGGGUACAAUGUGCGGGCGACAUGGAGAGACCUAGUUCUGAUAGCUCCGUAUGAUGGGUGCUAUGUCUUACAGCAGGUCACAGAGUACCUGUGA